GCGGCCGAGCCAGAGGCGGCGGCGGCGGAGGCGGCGGCGCUGGGGGGGGUGGGAGGGGGGGGAGCGCGCGAGGGCGUGAGUGGCCGAGUGAGUUUAGCCCGAUGAGGCGCUGAGAGGCCCCGGGCCUACCUCCGAGGAGCGGGGUCGCGGCGCCGGCCGAGCAGCGGGCCCCCUCCGGCCCUCCCGCUCCUCCCGCUUCCCCGGGCCCGGCGGCGCGGCGGCGGCGCGGCGCUUAGGAGGCGGGGGAGCGAGUGUCCGGUCCCAGCCAUGGAGGGCAUGGACGUGGACCUGGACCCGGAGCUGAUGCAGAAGUUCAGCUGCCUGGGCACCACCGACAAGGACGUGCUCAUCUCCGAGUUCCAGCGGCUGCUCGGCUUCCAGCUCAACCCGGCCGGCUGCGCCUUCUUCCUGGACAUGACCAACUGGAACCUACAAGCAGCUAUUGGCGCCUACUAUGACUUCGAGAGCCCCAACAUCAGCGUGCCCUCUAUGUCCUUUGUCGAAGACGUCACCAUCGGAGAAGGGGAGUCAAUCCCUCCUGACACCCAGUUCAUAAAAACAUGGCGGAUCCAGAAUUCUGGGGCAGAGGCGUGGCCUCCAGGGGUUUGUCUUAAGUAUGUCGGGGGAGACCAGUUUGGACACGUGAACAUGGUGAUGGUGAGGUCGCUGGAGCCCCAGGAGAUCGCAGAUGUCAGCGUGCAGAUGUGCAGCCCCAGCAGAGCGGGAAUGUACCAGGGACAGUGGCGGAUGUGCACUGCUACGGGACUCUACUACGGAGAUGUCAUCUGGGUGAUUCUCAGCGUGGAGGUGGGUGGACUUUUGGGAGUCACGCAGCAGCUGUCGUCGUUUGAGACGGAGUUCAACACUCAGCCACACCGCAAGGUAGAAGGGAACUUCAACCCGUUUGCCUCUCCCCAAAAGAACCGACAAUCAGAUGAGAACAACCUAAAAGACCCUGGGGGCUCCGAGUUCGACUCGAUCAGCAGGAACACGUGGGCCCCUGCCCCCGAGCAGGCCGCGCAGGAGGAGAAUAGACUCUCGCAGAACUCUGUGAGCCUGUGCCCCGGCAGCCGCGCCAGCAGCCUGUCAGUCGUGACGUACAGCAAGGGGCUCCGCGGGCCUUACCCCUUCGGCCAGUCUUAAACCAGUGUCAGCAAGAAGAAAACUUACCAAGAGACAGAAGGCCUGACUUCGGGGGGUGGGGUGGGGAGGAGGGCGCGGGGCUCCUCUGGAUCACAGACCACACGCCACGGACCCUUGGCUCUGAGCCCCUCACCCCAGGCCAGAAGAAGAGGAAGAAGAACAGACUAGUUUUGAGUAAAGGCGGUGUGCAUGUGUGAGUGCCGGGCGCAGGGCUGGUGUGGAGCGCGGGGCUGGCCGGCCCCCCGGGCGGCGGCGGCAGGUGCUGGGGACGGGGGACGUAAGCCAUCUUUCUCGACACGGGCCGCUCCGGGCACGGGUCACUCCGCCCAGCCCCUGGCCCCACUGUCGGUUCUGCAGGGCCACAGGCGCUCUGGAGGACCGGGCGGGCGGGCGGGCGGGCGGACACUGCGUGCCACGUGACUCGCGAUGCCCGUGACCCCGUUUGUUUUUCAUGGCAUCGGCCAGUGAGUUAUCACCCCUGGCUUCCUCUUCUCCCCUAAUCUCCUGUUGAUUUACACCCUUGACAUUUGUAUUCGUCAGCCCUGUGGCUCCGUCCCCCCCGCAAACCUCUCCGAAGACCAAACUUCCCUGUGUGGCCAGCAGAGGAAGCCUGAGGACAGAGCCGGGCCCCCAGUGCGGGGCGUGCGCGGGGCCCCUGUGCCUGGGCGGCCGCGUGGGCCCAUCCCCACCCCCGCCCGCUGUGCUUGGUGGCGUUCCCACGGCCUGUUGCUGGAGGGUGAACCAUGAAGGGGUGAAACUGCGGCCCCGGCGGAGGGUUUGCCAGGGAGUGGGGCCACGACCGCCGACUCCCCACCCUCGGAGACCACACGGAGAUGCCAGUGAGGCCCCCCACCCUGAGCAGGGUGCCCCGCGCGCCCCGGGGGUCCCGCACGGGUGGAGGAGCUGUGGUGCCGCGGGGAGCUUGCCGGGCCGGAACAGCUGUCUGCCAAAGAUACAAGAAUAUGCAAAGUCCCCUCCCCCGCCCCCCGGUCCCGGUUGGUUUGACGGCUGGGACGUGAGCCUCGGGCACCCGCCUUCUCGUGAGUGGCGGCUGCACGGGGUCUCGCCACCUGGCCGAGGGAGGGCCUGCCUGCCUGCCUGUCUCUGGGUGUUUGAGUUCCAAAAAUGUGUGUUGUUUGUUCCUCCUCAUCCUCUUCUGAGAUUGUUUUAUAAAAAAGUCUGAUUGAUUGAUUGUGGGAGAAUAGCUUGUAUGAAAUACUCCACCCCCCCCCACCCCGCCCCUGCCCCGCCACCCCCCCUCCGCCCAACACCUCCCCAGAAUAAAAGGCGGAGCAGCCCCUGGCGAGCGUGUGGCCGCCCCAGGCAGAGGCCCGCGGGCCCGGUGUGGCCCACACUGCCACUGUCGUUGGUGCCAGCCUCCGGGCACGGCCGCCCAGGGGCGGGGGGUGAGUCUGGGCAGCCCCACGCCCACCCACCACGGGCAGAAUCCUGCCCCGAGCACUGCCGGCUCCCCUCUCCUGCUCACAUCCCGGGAGGGAGCCAGGAGUCCGGGGCUGAGGCCGAGGGAGGGGUCCUGCUGCCCACUGCUCCUCCCGGCCCGGCCCAGCCCCUCCCGCCCCGCCUCCCUGCUCCGGGACCUGCGGGCCGCUGUGUGUGCGGUGUGUGUGCACGCGUGCAUGCCUCUUUUCCUUUCUGCUGUGGAAGGGUUGAGCGGGGGUCUCUGGCUCUAAGAAACAGCCUCUUCUCUGCAGCGAGAAAGGCCACCCACGGAAGCCCACCGGAGAGCGGCUCCCCACGGCCCGCCUGGCUGGAGGGGGGCCAGGCUACAGAGCGGGCACGGUGGUCAACACCCCACUCCCCGAUUCCGCCCGCGCCCCCGCAGGAGCAGGUGAUGGGUCCCCCGCCCCGCCCCGCCCCGCCCCGUCCCCUGGGUGAGUGCUGGGAAGCUGAGCUGUUCUCUGCGGGCCGCGGGUGUGCGUGCUGGGGCCUCACAGUGCCUGGGAAGGGAUGGAGAUGAGGUGUUUCCUUACUGUAUAAAUGAAUAUUUGUAUGAUUAAAUUAACACACACACAA